AUGGAAUUGUAUUACCAUGGGAGUUUGACUGGAGUGUGACAAACGAAGACAAUAUUGGAAACAAAGAAAGUCAACCGUCUGGUCCCCAAUUUGGGGGCCAGAUCGGCUUGUUUCCUUCAACUGCAAAUAGUUUUGAGGCUCAUGAAGUCACCAAGUACAUCGAGAAUUGGAGCAAAGAUGGAGGCAUUCAAGUCAUACGUUCCCUUGCAGAAGUUAAUACCUUGUCGUCAGAUGAUGGUCCUUUGAGAUGGGUCCCUGUGGUAGAAAGUGUGAUACCAAUUACCAUUCACAGAAAGAAGGUGGAAACAGGAGAUGUGUUCCUUGUAACAGCAUUGAUGAACAAUGAGACUGUCUUUAGUGCAGAAAUAAACUUGAAUGAAAUUCGGCUCAAGAAGACAUCUGAGUGUUUUGUGCAGUGGAGAAAUCGUAAAUCAAAGAGUCAUGCAUGGGGACUGAACUUUGUAUCAGAAGAAGAAGCUCAGAAGUUCUUAGAUUUUUGCAGUCCUGGACGGGUGCGUUCCACAUCAACCACAUCAUCAUCAAAUCUAUCACUGACCAAUCAGCCAAAAUCAGGUGGACAGACCAAGUUACAAUCAAGGAAAGAUAGCCAAGGGAGUUCUGAUACACCAACAAUCCAGAUUAAUGACACUGAUUUAAAAAACAAAUCUCCAAUCAAUGGUACUCUCUGUAAUAACAUUGGUGACCACUACCAGUCCAGCAGUACCCUUGUAGCUACAGAAACACAUACUCCUAUCAGUUCUCGCACAAGUACACCAAUACCCCGUUUACAAAGCAAUGGUGACCCUGACAGUGGAUUUGGCAUGGAAGAUGUUGGUAGUGAUUCACUUGACUCUCGUAAUAUGACACAUAUUUCACCUUCUCAUGAAAACCAUCUUUCUUCACGCUUAUCUGUUGCCAGUGACUCAGAUUACUCAGUUAGUUCCAGGAGUAACUUAUCUGAUGUGGAUGACUUGGAAAUGAGCUACUUUAAGACUGUUGCUGAUUUGAAUGCUAAUGACAGACCUGUGGACAUUUGUGCCUCAUUUCAUGAUGAAGGAGACCUUAAUAGUAGCUGUGGAACAGACUUGAAACCACAGUCAGGAAUUGCUCAGUCACGUCAGGGGGGUGCAACUCGUAAGGCAGGCUGGCUGUCUGUAAAACACGUCCUUGUAAGAGUAAAGACAAGCAAAGUGGAGCAGGCAUCAGAUAGGAAGUGGCGAAAAUGUUGGGUGUCACUCAAAAGUGGUGCCCUGAAUUUUUAUUUUUGCAAUGAAAAGACUGUAAGUCCCCAGGAUUUGGAUGAACCAAAUUUUUCAUUGGAAAUUGAUGGCUGUGUUGCCCAAGCUGUGCCAGAACAUGCCAAGUUAGAUCAUGUGUUUAGUGUUAGCUCCAGACUUGGGGAAGGAUACUUCUUCCAGGCAUCUAAUCAGACCGAUCUUGAGAACUGGAUAACAGCAAUACAUUCAAUGGCUGCAUCAGUCCUGGCAGGAGCAGGACAGAAGGGAAAGCAUGAAAUGCUACGUAUUCUUACAACAGAGAUCAGUAGAGUUGAAAAGAAAAUAUCUUCGGAUUCCAAACUUAAGAAAAUGGCAGAGUUACAGUCCACUGUUGUUACUGAUUCCAAGAAUAAACAGGCCUUUCUUGAUCAGAUAUCAAAGUGGGAUAAAAACUUAGAACAGCUCAACAUUGACUUCUAUCGGCUUCAGUGCUACACAGCAGCCAUCCAAGGCAGCCAAUUACCCAAUCCUCAGACACUUCUAGCUUGUGUUUCAAGAAACACGAAACAGAUCCUUUCAAGACUAAAUAUCUUUUCAGUUAUGUCAUUCCAUGCUGUUGUAAGUGCUAGAGACCCGAGCACUGAUGCAGAAGUAAAAACAAGGAACAAAGCAAAGAGAUCAGCUAGCUCUGUAGGCAAGCUGAAAAGUGCUUUGCUUACAUCACUGAGAAUCAAUGAUGCAGCAAGUGUUAAGUCUAUCAGGGAUCGUUACUCUGGAAAAGGUUCUGGAACACCAAGAUUAAAACGACAAUUGCAACCGAACUUAGAUAGCAUAGAUGAUAUGCCAGAGGAGGAAGGUGCCUUGGUGGAGAGCAGCUCUUUAUCAUCAAGUCACUCAGACUGGAAAAACCUUGGAAACUUUCUCCGCAUCAGCCUGGAUAACAAUCAAAGCACUGUAAUACCUUUACACAAUGAAAUGACUAUAUUAGAGGUGGUUGAAAAUACUUGUAGCAAACGUCAACUGAACCCAGAGGCCUAUUACCUUAAACUCGGAUUAGAAGAUGAUUCAGGUGUAACAGACUACACCAUUCCCCUCCAGGAUUCUUUGCUAGAGAGUCAUAACUAUAACUGUCUCAGGUUAUGUGAGAAGUGUACUUUUACUAUAGAGUUGGAACGUUCAAUGGAGAUUGAUAGGCUUGAUUUUGGUAUAUCAGUGGAGAGUAAGGAUGAAGGCAUUGUGGUUAGCUCAGUUGAGGAAGGGAGAUUAGCACAUGUUCAAGGUGUUAGGGCUGGAGAUGAAAUUCUUGCUGUAAAUGAUAUUAAAGUAGAAGAAGUAGAAAAUGCAGUGGAAGAUCUCAGAGAAGCGCUUAAGGACCCAUCCAUUACCUUGUUACUGCGUUCAUGCCGUGAUGAACCACCAGUGGCAAAUAAGGUGACAUCAGAUGCCAUUAUCACCAGUCUUGUUGUUCAGCCGCCUCCUAAAAUAAGUGAUACAAUUCCUGAGCAAGAUCUAAGUGACCUCAUUGUUCCUCCACCUCAAUCUUUCGACGAAGAUUCUGCAGUGGAUACGGAAAGCGUUAUCACAAGCUAUACCGAAGACCUGAGUAGUCCUUCGUCAAUACCAUCCGGCAAGAGUGUGGACGAACUUCUUCAGCGUGCUGAACAGGUAACGCUGUUCUGUAGGCGGCAGGUGGAAUACUCAGACGACGAAGAACCCAAGCCGAGUGUUCGUCUUAGCCAAGCACAAAAGCUGCGGAAAGUUAUCAUUGAACUUGUCGACACAGAAAGAUCUUACGUGAAGGAUCUGAGACUUUUACUUAAACGUUAUCUUGACCCCAUGAAAGAUGAAAACUUCAUGUCACAAUCAGAGGUUCAAGCGUUAGUGUCAACUGUUCAUGAUAUAUUAGAGUUUCAAGUGAAAUUCCUUAAGGAAAUUGAAAGGCCAGUAGAAACAGAGACUGGAUUUGAAGAGUUCAGUGCCGUUGAACAAUUUCAGAACGUUAUAUACACGAUCGGAGAGACAUUUUUCAACUACACGGAACAUUUCAAGCUUUACAGUGCGUUUUGUUCCAGUCACUCAAGGGUUGUUGAACUACUUCAGUCAGGAUCAAACACGGCGCUGCAUGAGUUCCUUCAUGCCCGUAAUCCAAAGAAUCAGCAUUCAGGGACGUUGGAAUCUUACCUUAUCAAGCCAAUUCAGCGUGUAGUAAGGUACCCUCUACUAUUGCGGACAAUCUUAAAGCUCCUGGAUAGCUCCAGUGAAGAAUAUAAUUGCCUUUUAGAGGCUGUGACUGCAAUUGAAAAAGUUGCUGAGCACAUUAACGAGAUGCAGAGGAUUACAGAGCAGUUCUCACCGGUUUUUCAUCAACUGAUUGAAGAGUUUGGAGUAUUCGAGCUUGCUGACGUCAGCAUAGAUCGGCUGACACAUCAUGGGAAAGUUCGUUGGCUCAAUUGCCCGGAUGACCUACUGAAAAGUGGAACGCUUAAAAAGUACCCAGUCUCUCCCAGAAUUGGAAAAAAGAUGACUCCAGGGACCAUGCAUCUUUUCGCAUUUGAAAAAGUGUUGAUUCUUCUUUACUUGGAGCGGAAACAGAAAAAGAAAGAAAAAGAUCGGCCCACUUCUUUAAGAUCAUCGGAUGAAAUCAAAUUUAAAACUAUUAUCCCAGCUUCUUCACUGGUUGUGCGAGACCACUGUUGGUUAAAUGAUGGUCCGGAGCCAAUACAUUCGUGGGAAUUGGUGAACAUUAGCGAUACAGCAGAGAUUGGCAGACAAGAAUGUGCAUAUGUGUUUGCAAACAAAACUGCAGAAGAAAAGAGAGAGAUGGUUAAGUGCAUCAAAGAGGCAAUAAAGCGGAGCAUCAAGGCUGGUUAUAAUUUAGCAAACGCCAUUGCGCCAAGAUCGCCAAGCUUCCGACGUAACAACGCAGACGACAAGCUCAAUGCAUCGGAUCCAGGCCCCUUCUUACGUCUCACCAGUGAUCAAUCGUCGCUUUUCCGCCGAUCGUUCAGUCACAAUCCCGAAGGUUUUCGAAAUCGGAGAACAUCGCUCGAGAGCGACGCGACCCAUAGUUCGGAUGGUUCCGGAGAAACCGAGUCCAUCAGCAGUGCUACCACUCGAGAUAGAAAGUACAGUUUGAAGAAAAAGAACAAAGUGGUAUCUCCUUUGGGGUUAGAAGAUGUUCAAAUUAACUUAUAAAAGUUUAAAUGGAUGUCGCAAUUUAUUGCACCAAGUUCAUACUAAAGAUCUAGAGUUUUAUUUUUCUAUACUGAUUUUACUGUAAAAAGGAAAGAGUAUCGUUGUAAAAAAUACUUCGUUAUUUAUGUUGUCGUUGUCGUUGACUUCGAUUUUUUACUUUCAUGUUUCAAAGUUUGACUUACUUUUUAGUGUGACUCUUUAGUUUGUGUUUUUUUAAAUCUGCAUGAAAAAAAUCGCACUUGAGUUAUUCCUAGAUGACAGGUUACAGUCAGUACUUGUAGCUUUAAUUACUUUAUGCAGAGGGUCUAUGUAUUCAGGCAAGAGAGCGAUGGUAAAUAAUGUUCUUUCUCACCCUGGGCUGCUAUCACAUUACACGAGAAAUCCUGCGUUCUUUUUCUUGUCCCUAAUAAGUUAUUUAUGGGCGGUCUGAAAAGGGUACAUGUAAAGAAGAAAUUUCUACAUAAUCAUAACCGUGGUAAUUUGAACUUUGCGUGUUAAGUCAUGGUGAUUGAUCAGACAAUUUAAUUCUUAAGCAGCUCUUAAGCCUUACAAUUAUGUAGUCGUUGGCUGUGGAGAUAAAGAAUACUUACCCAAAUCGUUGUAAAAUACUGAAUUUCCAAAUGUGAAAAAUUGAAUACAUGGUGAUUGAAUUCACUGUUGUAUUUCUCCUAUCAUAUCUGUGACUUGGUGAGGUAUACUUACUGAAAUGUUCAUCACAAAAACAUGCCCGCUCUUACUUUUUGUUUGUUUGUCUGUUUGUUUUUUGCCUGACCAUGUAUCAGCUUUAAAGGCUUGUUAGAUAAUCUUCCUUUAUGUUUCUGCUCCGCAUAGUACCAAACCAAAACGUCAGCAAGGCGCAAGGUCUUUCCAAAAGUUGCGUUUGCCAUGGAAACCUUCUAAGUAGAAGAUGCAGAUGUAGACGCUAUUUAGUGCUUCUCUUUCUCGUUCCAAAUUUCUUCUUUAUGUACCACCAUGCUUAAGUCCUCAGUGGCAAAUCGUUUCUCAUGGAUCUUGUGUUUGCAAACUCUUUCGGUGUGUUCAAAUUAUUUUGGUAGAUUUGUGGGGUGUCUGUAGGGAUGAUACAUCAAAAUCUGUAACUCAAUAAAUUAUUUGUUCAUAUUUAAA